GCUGUGGUUACGCUGUUGGGACCUGUUCAGUGAAAACAAAAUGUGACGUGGCUAAUCCUAGUGGACAAAAAGAAAGAGGAAAAACUGAAUCAUUGCCCUGUUUACUGGGUAACGAAAGGGCGUUUAACGCGAAGAAACGUACGUUUAAACCGGAAUAAAGACGAUAAACCUUUCGUGUUGUUGGUUUUGGAAGGAAGCCGUUAGCAGGCUGCGCUGACGUUGACGUUGACGUCAACUGCUAGCAUCGAGACUUUGACAGCAGAAAAGGCAUGAACUGAGGCAUCAAGAUGUCAGACAGUGAAGCUACAGCAGCGGAGGGUCCAGAGGUGCCACCAGAGACUCAAGACGCCUCUCCCGCAGAGACGCCCGACAGCUCCUCGCCGACCACGCCGGACAACUCCACUGACGUGGCGCCGACGAGGAAAGCCAGGAGGAGACCAGACGUCACGCCUGCACCCGAAGCUGAGGAGAUGCCCAAAGUAGAGGAGAAGCCAGCAGAGGCCCAGACCCCAAGUGAGUCCACAGUGUCUCAGGGAGGUUGGGGGUACUGGGGCAGCUGGGGCAAAUCCAUCCUAUCCACAGCAACAGCUACCGUGGCAACUGUGGGCCAAGGGCUCACUCAGGUGAUCGAGAAGGCAGAGACAUCGCUGGGAAUCCCCAGUCCCACCGAACUCUCUGCCCAAGUGGAGGAAGAGCAGAAGCAGCAAGGUGAAACACGCAGUGAGACGGACAGAGCGGCAGACGAUGGACCGGCGGCGGCGGCAGGAAGUGCGAUGGGCAUGCUGUCGUCCCUCACCAGCGUCGUCCAGACCACAGGUAAGACGAUGAUCACCGGCGGUCUGGACGCUCUGGAGUUCAUCGGGAAGAAGACGAUGGAUGUGAUAGCAGAAGGCGACCCCGGCUUUAAGAAGACCAAAGGACUGAUGAUCAGGAACUCCACUCUGUCUCAGGUGUUGAGGGAGGCUAAGGAGCGCGAGGAGCUGCAGACAGCCGAUGAAGAGGUUUCAGAUUCCCACAAGAAGGCGGCCGCUCACUACGGGAUGCUGUUCGAUGAAUUUCAGGGCCUUUCACACCUCGAAGCGCUGGAGAUUCUGUCUCGAGACAGUGAGUCCAAGGUGAAGUCCGUGCUGACCACUCUAUCAGGAGAAGAGCUGCUUCAGCUCAGAGAAGAGCUCGAUUUCAUUAAAGACUCUUUCUCCCUGGUGGAGUUUGAUGAUGAGGAAGUGGAUGAGAAGAAAGACGAAGACGGCUCAGAGUUUGAGAGGGAGUUGACGGAGGCAUUGGAGGGCCUCCAUGUCACUGCCACAGCUGACAGACUCAGCAAGGCCUGUAGGAGCACCUGCAGCCAGAUCACUGACAUGAGCCGACCAGAAGGGGAAGAGGAAGACAAUGUCAAGAAAACCCUUUCUGUGGAGGAGGUUCAUGCCGCAGCCAUCAGGAGUCUGGCGGAGCUGACGGCUCGGUCCAUCGAGCUGUUCCACAAACUGGCUGAGAUGAUCCUCUUCACCAGCGGCAGCACAGAGGCCAGCGUCCUCUCCCAGUUAACUGUUGUUCUGUGUAAAGAGAUCUCACUGCUCUCCAAAAAGUUCACCUCCUGCUUAACGACGGCGGGGUCAAACGAGAAGGGAGACGUCCUCAACCCGCUGAUAACAGGAGUCUUUUUAGAGGCGUCCAACAGUGCGUCCUACAUCCAGGACGCUUUCCAGCUGCUGAUGCCCAUCCUGGAGAUCUCCUACAUCCAGAGGAGAGCCGAAUCCACCGAGCAGUGACCAGCUGGUGUCUCCCCACCCCACACCCCCCACACCCCCCAUCGCUGCCAUGACGCUGGGACUGUGACACAGCAGGGAACUGACAUAUAUUUAAAACCUGUUUCUUUCUUUGGUUAAUGGUCCGUGGCGGCUCUGUGCUACGUCUCGUUUCCAACUCAGGACAAAGAUCCAUUUCCCACCUGGGGGGAAGAGUGAGUUCUUGUGAAAACAGUGUUCAUGUUUGUUGCUCGUUUAACUGUUCAGCACAGUCCGUGGACUCAUUAUGUCGAGGAGGUCUGGAUCUACCGGCUAAGGGAGAAACCA